AUGCCCACGCAUGGCCCGCCAUCCCCGAUCCUCCAGAAAAGCGUCAAGCGUCAGCGGCAGGACUCGUACGACGGCACGUCAUCGCGCAACGACUUCUCAAGCCCUGAGCGGCAGGCUGGCGAUGCGAAGCCCGGAGGAGGGGUCAUCGCAGGCAACGGCAUCAGCAGCGCCCGCGCUGCGGCCGCUGCCUCGGCUGCCUACCCUGGCAUCCCUGUAGCUGCGUCGGCUGGCAAGCCUGGGCAGAGCAGCAACUUUCGCAAUGUCAGCGCGUGCAACCGCUGCCGUCUGCGUAAGAACCGCUGCGAUCAGAAGCUCCCCAGCUGCGCGAGCUGCAACAAGGUCGGCGUUUCUUGCGUCGGCUAUGACCCCAUAACGAAGAAGGAGAUUCCUAGAAGUUAUGUCUUCUAUCUUGAAACUCGUGUGGAGGUGCUGGAGAAGCUCCUUGCAUCCAACAACAUAACCUUUCCACCAGCUGAAGAUCUGGAUGUAUGCUCCCGUCCUGGUUCCGAGGGCAGCUUUCCAGCCGUACGCGAAAGGGGUUACUCAGGACAAUCCGACGUUGCGGGCUCUCGCAUAUCGCGACCUCACAGCCAUCGUAGUCAGGCGCUGGACAAUGCGCUGUUGCCGGAAAAGAAGCAGGGCAACCAGAGCCCGGCCAUGCUCAACAUUGUCAGCCCGACCAAGCCGCGAUCCCUCGCGUCUGCAUCCGGAGUUUCCUUUGCUCGUGUUGUGUUCGCCGCAGUGCAGUAUUCGGUAUCAGACCAAAACAGCGGGCCGGACAAAACCGCGACCUCCAAGACGUCAAUGCGCGACUCCUUCUUCGGCUUGCAUACACGACCAACUAUCCAGCCGGCCACAUUCCCCAGCAGAGAUGUGGCCAUGCGCUUGGUCACGCUGUACUUUGAGCAUGCAAAUCCACAAAUCCCCAUCCUGCACCGCGGCGAGUUCAUGCGCAUGUUUGAGAAAGCGUAUGCUAACGAGGGCCGGGGCCUCAGUGCGAGAGAGUUAUAUAUGCUGAACAUGGUCUUUGCAAUUGGCUGCGGCGUCAUCGUGGGCGAGCCAGUCAAGGCGGAAGCUUCUGGAGGCUCAAGGUUAUCGUUCCAACAGAGCCGAGGUCAGUGCCAGCCCGAAGAAUAUCACGCAAGUGCAAUCGUCCAUCUCGAGGAAUGCCUCAGCAGCAGCGGUGGUGGGCUCGAGGUACUACAGGCCGUGCUUCUGCUUGCCAACUUUGCGCUCCUGCGGCCUGUUCCGCCGGGCCUUUGGUAUAUCACCGGCGUGGCGGUGCGUCUUGCUGUUGACCUUGGUCUCCAUCACGAGGAUACAGCUGACAUAGAUGAUGCUGGACCGCAACACUCAAAUGGCGAUGGCGCAGACCGAGGGAGGCGCCUCUGGAUCCGAGACAUGAGGCGUAGGCUGUGGUGGUGCACCUAUUCCUUUGACAGGCUGGUGAGCACUUGUGUUGGUCGGCCUUUUGGCAUUAGCGACCAAGUCAUCACGACCGAAUUCCCCUCGCUACUGGACGAUGCCUACAUCACCCCCAAUGGCUUCAUAGAACCGCCUGCCGGUCAGGAUCAGCCGAGCUACAAGCGUGUUGCCCAUCACUACUUCAAGCUACGCAUGCUGCAGUCUGAGAUACUCCAGGUCCUGCAAUAUAACCAAGCACAAGUCGCCAGGACCACAGGGGCUCAGGCUCGAUCGUUUGUUCCGGAAUGGUCUAGACAGCUGCCAUCACCUUAUCUUGUUCAUUUUGACUCGUACAGGUCAUGGCGGAUAGAUAUCGACCGGAGACUUCGUGAAUGGAAGGACAGUGCGCCUUCAAAGCAGGAGACUGGUGUGGCUUUUUCGACCGAGUUCCUCGACCUCAACUACUGGCAGGCCAUCGUUCUGCUGUAUAAACAGAGCCUGAGCAUCCCUGCAAUGUUUGAGGGAGAGUACAAUCCCUCCAAUGAGGUCAACAGUCCCACAGCCUUCACUGCUGAGCUGCGCGAAGACGAGGAACGCAUAUAUCUCAAAGUCGCCGAAGCGGGACAGAAGAUUCUCCGCAUAUAUAGACAGCUACACCUGAGCAGCCUCGUAAGCUAUACUUAUUUGUCCACUCACCAUCUGUUCAUGGCCGGCAUCUCGUAUCUUUACGCCAUCUGGCACUCACCUACUGUGAGAAGCCGCCUAACAAUGGACGAAGUCGACUUUACAGUACUGGCAGCAAAGUCAGUAUUUACUGACAUGAUUGACAAGUGCCCGCCGGCAGAGACCUGCCGCGACGCUUUUGAUCGAACAGCCAAGGCCACCAUACAGAUGGCCACAUCAAAAGGAGGCUUCGGCUUGCCUGUACAGCAAACUCGCCAACCUCUGACCAGAAGGGAAACGACCAACUGGGCCCCUACUCCCGUGGACAUGGCCCCUAAGAAGCCAGGACCUCGACAUGCUCAACACCACCAUCACCACCACCCAUCUGAACAGCAGCAGCAGUUUCAGUUUGACUUGGCAAUGGGCGAUAGCCUGUCGUCGCCCAGCCUAUCGACAGCAGGAGAUAGAGCCACUCCGCCAGUUACGAUGGCGCAUUCUCACCCUCACAGCCACGGACAGCCAAGCCCCAUGCGGCGGACAGGUAGCUAUGACGACGGUCACUCUGCUGUGGACCAGUCAAUGAUUGCAUCUCCCUCUCUCCCACGAAGCCAGACCACGCCUGGCAGUGCCAGCGGCGGAAACCCUUUUUUGGGCCAGAGGAACCAGCAGUUUGGCAUCCAGGGGCACAUGGAGUAUCCGGAUGCGCAGACGAUGGAGCUCCUGCAGACGUUUGGGACCGGAUCCCACAGUGGCUUCGGAGCCAUGGAUCAAAAUCAUAUGGACUUUGGCCUUGGCAUGAACUGGGAGGGCAUGCAUAAUGAUUAUGCGGAAGCGCAGCCUAUAAACCCCUUUGAUACGUUUUUCUUUGGCGGGCCUCAGGGAGGG